AUGUUUAGUAGUUCAUGUGAUACAAUGGUAGCGAUGAGUGAUGUAACUGAUGAUGGUUCAAUUAUAUUUGGUAAAAAUAGUGAUCGUCAAGUAAAUGAACCAUUAGCGAUACGUUAUGUACCUGCUGCUACUCAUUUACCUAAUUCAAAAUUACGAACAACUUAUAUUGAAAUUGAUCAAGUUGAAAAAACUCAUUCAUUUGGCAUGUGA